AUGUUUUGGGUCGGCAUACUGUCUUUGUUCAUACAGGAGUGGCGAGUAAUGUAUUUUGCAUGUACAGCGCCCGGAGUUCUAGCGAUCUUUUACUACUUUUUCCUACCAGAAUCACCUCAUUGGUUAAUUCAGCAUAUGGACUACGAGCGAAUUGAGCUCUACAUCAAAACAGCUAAUAGAUGGAACAACAAGGUAGUUGACGUCGAAAGUUGCCGACGGGAUGGACCACCUCCAGUUGAAAAACGGGAAACCUGUGGAGAAAUGCUCAGAAGCCCAGAGAUGCUGAAGCUCCUCUUCAUCAAUGGUUUCAUACAGUUUGUUAUGGCCUUCUAUUACUUUGGUCUGUCUCUCCUUUCUGUUGAUCUCAGUAGUGAUCGCUUUACCGCCUACAUGUUGUCUGCUUUCGUUGAACUACCAAGUGGUCUUGCUGUAAUUCCUCUAAUGUUGUAUACAGGUCGGCGAAUUUUGUGCGUGUCAACUCUGCUGUUGCAAGGAUUUAUAACCUACUCUGUGCACUCCAUCUACAUGUCAGAAUUGGCACCAACCUCGGUGCGGUCGUUGUCGUAUUCGAUUAUCAACAUACCACAGAGCUUCGGCAUCAUUGUUGCACCAUACCUGCGACAUGUACGAAUUGGUCCUGAGUAUACGAAAUUCGUCGUUGUUGGGAUAUUAUGUUUGACAGCAGGAGCGCUGUGCAUGCUCCUCCCCGAAACGAAAGAUCGGCCACUACCACCUGACAUAAGGAGUUUGACAGCAACUGAUGACCACACUGUGGAUAUGAGAGAUAGGGAAGAGCUCAUGAGGGAGCAAUGUCUUGAUGAAAGUGACGACACGAGUUCUGAGGAGGCUCCAAUCUUUUCGCAUGAAUUU